GAUCCGAUCAGAAAGAGGCUUUUCUCAAUGCAGGCUGGAGAAGAGGCGGCGCGACGUUGUUUUGUCGCCGCGGAUUAACUCGGCUGACUUAGAGGCGACGUCCCUCCGAGCACCAUGAGCGCGUCGGGGCUGCCUUGGAGCAUCGACAGCGGCGGGUCGGGGCUGCCUCCGCUGCCCAAGAGCCUGAGCGGCUUACUGAAUUCUUCUUCCAGCGGAGGCGCCCCUGGCGGAGCCGGAGGGCGCUGGAGAGACCUGGAGCGGCUCUACGCGCAGAAGUCUCGCAUUCAGGACGAGCUGAGCCGGAGAGGUAGCCGUGGCGGCGGCGGAGCGGGGCGAGGAUCUCCUCGCCCACCGAAGCCCCCUAACCUCGACGCCGCCUUGGCCCUGCUCCGUAAAGAGAUGGUUGGCCUCCGGCAGCUGGAUAUGUCAUUACUGUGUCAACUCUACUCUCUUUAUGAGUCAAUUCAGGAAUAUAAAGGUGCCUGCCAAGCAGUAUCAAGUGCAGACUGUGCAUAUGCCCUGGAAAAUGGCUUUUUUGAUGAGGAAGAGGAAUUUUUUUAGAAUGAAUAUUUCUUAGGAAAUCCUUUUUUUUUGUUUGUUUUUUUGGAGUGCAAUGGAGUUGGCAGUUAAGAGAUGAGCGGUGUUUAAUUGGAACAAAGUACAUUCUUCCUUCUGCUCAAGAAGAAUUGCUCCAUUUAUUUCCGGCAUGCUGUUUAACCCAAGUUACACAUUAUGUAAAUCCUGCUCUAGGAAAGUAAUGUGCAAUGAAUGUUGAAGCCUCCCGAAGCAUUCCUGACAGGUUAUGUCAGUGUAAUUUGUGUACGGGGUGUUUCUAGAUGGCAGAUGUUGACAGCUAUCUUUGUAUAAACAGAAGCCUGGCAUUGUACACCUCAUCUCAAAUAUUCUGACAUGUAAGAUGUAGUUAUAUAGUUUGUAUGUUUGUAAUCACUGAAUAGAUCUCUCCAUAAACAACACCUUUUUAAAGCCUCUGAUCUGUGGGAUUGGAAUUCUACCUGUUUUAUACCAUAAAGCAGUGUUUCCCAAACUUGACAAUUUUAAGGCAUGAG